ACUGGCGUCGACGGCAGACUUCUCUGACCGGAUCUCGUCUAUGGUUCUCUCAAGCCCAGGCGUGCAGUCUUUCUGAACAGCCAGGUCAUGUCAUUAAAGAUGGAAAUGGAUGCCAGUGGAGUGUCCAGGGCGCCCAUAUCCGUUCUGCCUGCUGCUGAGGUCAAAGCCACCCUGAAGCCAGAAGCCGAUAAACCCCGCUGCUCCAGCACUCCCUGCUCCCCCAUUAAAAGUACUGUCUCAGGAUACCAGAUCCUCCACAUGAACUCCAACUAUCUAGUGGGCUUCACCACCGGUGAGGAGCUUCUCAAAUUAGCCCAGAAGUGGUCUAGCCCUGACAACAGCAACACCGAGGCCUUGCCAAGCCCCAUCAAAAAGCCUGUGGAUUUAAGCCUGCACCGAGCCUCGCGGAUUUACAAAGCCAAAAGCCGUUACUACCAACCGUAUGACAUCCCAGCCAUCAACGGACGCCGGAGGCGGCGCAUGCCCAGCUCAGGCGACGGCUGCUUGAAGUCGAUGGUGAGCGGGGAGCCCAGCAAGGCCUUACACGGGCCCCUGCCCCUCUGCCUGCUGAAGGGCAAGCGGGUGUACUCCAAGUCCCUGGACUACCUCAACCUGGACAAGAUGAGCCUCAGGGAGCCGGCGGACACUGAAGUGCUGCAGUACCAGCUACAGCAUCUCAAUCUGAGGGGCGAGCGCGUGUUCACCCGCAACAAGACAUGAGUCCUCAGAAACGCCCAUAGUUGUCCGGCUGUGAUGUAGGGCCUUGAUUUUUACCACUCUGAUUAUAGGCAGUUCACUAAAGUAGGGUGAUCAUACGUGCCAUUUUUCCCAGACACAUCCUGGCCAGGAUUUGUUUUGGCUUUGUUUUUCUGU